AUGGGUACCUAUUUUUCAAAAUUAUGCUCGUCUCCGUCAACAGUAGGCACAUCAAACGACUCUAGUGACAACCGUUCGACGGCACUGCAAGAACAAGAAAUACAUCGUUGGGCUUUUGCCACAUCUGAUACUGUCGUACGACUUUACGACGCAAGAAACGAUGCAUUUUCGCAGACGUCAUCGGACGAAAUUUCGUCAGCAGCAGUUACAGUAAAAUCCCAGACCACUCCAAUCGUAUGUGCUGGGAAAGUGAAGGAAGAAAAUUUGCGCGAGCUAAUGAAGAUUGAUGCAGAUUCAUAUCUGAACGAAGUAUUCGUAAUUGAUGAAAAUACUCGCUACUUACUGUAUUAUCAAGAAACACAACAAAUGCAGUUCAAUGAUCAACCGAUCGUUGAUAAAUCAAAAAAACGAGAAAGAUAUCUUAGGAUGAACGACGCCACGCACGUUCUCACUAAGAUAAAAUGUGGUAUUCAAGUUUUAGUUUUAUUCCAGGUCGUACCAGGUCAGAUAGAUGCUUUCGAUCAGCUACUUGAAAGAACUCGUAGCAGAUUUGCUGCACAGAUUUUCGAUUUAGAAUCACCUGAUCAGGAUUUAUUCGAGAAAUCCAGUAAAAUUAAGGUGUUCUCUAAUGCAGCAGAUCCAGCGCAGUUAACAAGCUUACCGGACAUAUGCAAAACACUAGUGAACUUAAGAGUGGCUACGGCUCAACAAUGUCCUAUGGAAUAUAUCUUUCGGCCGAUCACUUCUCUUUUUCCAUGGUACCGUAGUGAAAAAGCAGGAUAUCAUCCGAUAGAUGAAUCAGUUAUGAAUCAAAUAGAAAUCCAUGUAAAUAAGGUGUUGUUGAGCUGGAAGCAGUUUUAUGUGCCACUUGAUUCUACAAUAGAAGAAACGAUGCGAAAGCAUAUUAAAAAGCAACUGGAAGACAUUCAGAAACAACAACCAAGCGUAGACAACGCAUAUUCAGUGAGUAUCAAUAAACUUCGCCAAAUAGUGUUCGAUAUUCGUCGUGGAAAGAUCGAUUCCAAUGUUUCGCUGGCGGAUGUAUUUGCUGGUACUGAGGUACUAACGAAAGCGGUUGAACAGCGAAAUAAACUGAUAGAAAAAGCGAAGUUCAUUCAGAGUGUUGAACAGCAAAACAUCAAAUAUUGGAAUGUUGCAAUGCAUAUUUCCCAAUCCGACGUGGAACUGGUAGUGGUUGAGCAAAAACUGUGUAAAAUGACCAACAGAGCGCGUAUAUUUUGUUUCAACGACAAAUUGAAAAAAAAGUUCUUCUCAAAAUGGGAAGAGUACCAUAAAGAACUUAUUGAUAGACAGAAUGGUGAUGACGUAAUCUAUGCUGAUUUCUCCUUUAUUUCAAUUAAGCUGCCCGAAAUGAAAAUAUUAGAUCCAACUGGUAUCUGUAAACAAAAAAAGAAAACGUUAGAAGAAGGAGACUCUGGCACUAAGCCGUCAUCCAACAAAACAGUAAGUUCAGAACAAAGAAACAAUCAUCCGACGGAAAAAGUGAUUCUGCUUCUUGGAGAAUCUGGAAGUGGAAAAUCAACUUUCAUCAAUGCCGUCGUCAAUUAUUUUCACUUUCAUACUCUAGACGAAGCUCUCUCACAGAAACCGAUUGCACUUAUACCGAUCUCAUUCAUUAUUACUGAAGGUGAUGAUUUCCAAGAACGUCUUCUCACCUUUGGUGAACAAGAUCCUAACGAAGAUAAUCGUCAUGCGGGACAAUCGGUCACUCAACAAUGUCGGUCAUAUGUUUUCUCCAUGGAUGAACAUACUAAAAUCAGACUUAUCGACACACCAGGAAUGGGUGAUACUCGUGGAAUCGAUCAAGACGAUACCAAUAUGCAACACAUUCUAUCAUUCGUCUCUAAUCUUUCACAUAUCGAUGCCAUUUGCAUUCUUCUCAAACCCGAUAAAGCAAGACUCGACGUUGUCUUUCGUUCAUAUUUUAGUCGUUUGGUGGAAUUCUUAGGAGCAAAAGUUCACGAUAACAUCGUAUUUUGUUUCACGCAUACACGGUCAACAUUUUAUGGUCCGGGAAACACAGGAUCUUUAUUACGCAAGAUGUUGCAAACGGAGAAGAGUGAAAUUCCGUUUCAGAAAAACAACACAUUUUGUUUUGAUAGUGAAUCAUUUCGAUAUUUGAUUGCAAAAACACAUGGUAUUCACUUUGAUAAAUUUUUAACAGAGGAGUGCAAGAAAAGCUGGUCAAAAUCAGAAGCUGAGUCACAUCGUCUGGUCCAAUACGUAUGCACUACAUUGCAACCCUGCUUGAAAGAUGACUGGCGAUCGGUUGAACAUGCUCAAUUCGAAAUCAAGCGAAUAGCUCGUCCAGUGUUGGAAACAAUACGAAAUACCGCGAGAAAUAUUCUAAUAUUACAGAACAAUUCCUCGCAAUCAUUGAUUAAAAUACACGCACAAUCUGUCGUUGGAAAUGCGAUGAUAUGCCCAAUAAAUCACCGCCGAAUGAAGAAUAUCGAUGGAUUAUGGAUCCUUGAAACUGAAUCCUGUAAUUUCUUCGAUCAAUGCUCCAAAUGUUCGUGUACUUAUUCUGAACAUGCUAAAAUUGAUUAUGAAUUGAAAUAUAAAAAAUGGAAGAAUGAAAAUAACAAACCAACUCUACAUGAGCUGGAAGCAACCCGAAAUAGACUAUGGCAAACGGUCAUAGUGUUUGGCAGAUUUGUUAAGGACAAUGGUUUGCUUUCGAAAAACAACGACGGUCUUUACAUCAUUUUCAAACAGAUGAUCGUUGAAGAAGAACAUAUUUGUUUGCAAGAUGAACCACAUGAACUCAACGAUCGGCUCUGCCAGGAACUAAAAAGGCUGAAAAAAGAUUAUCGACAACAAUGGCAAUACUCAACCUCAACGCGAGAAACAACACCUCUAUCUACUAUAUAUGAUGAAAUAAAAAUAGCACGAGAUAAUUCAGAUGUUGCUGCUCAACUGGAUGCGAUUAAGGAAACCAGAGCAAUGCAGAUGACAGUACAGGAAAAAUAUGUUUCGAUUUUGGAAAAUGGUCCAUCGUGUUUUUAA